UCCACCGUCGACAUGCGCAGGCAUCUGGAGCUGGCAGGCCUUGGUUUGGCCCUUUCCGGGUGGCUCUGCGCCAUUUUGACCCGCUGCACGGCCUUGUGGACGGUGAUCGGCACCGUGGACAACUCCACAGCUAGUCUGCCGGUCUAUUGGGACGGGGCUUGGCUGGAAUGGAACCACUGGGACCUGCUCCAAGACGGUCAGCUGCACUGCUCCUUUUAUCAGUCGUUAUUGUCGCUUUCUGGAAGCUUCCGAACAUGGAGGGCACUCAUCAUGGCGGCGGUGGGUGCCGGGGCUUUUGCCACGUUGGUGGGCGCAGCUGGUGUCAUGUGGUUCCCAAAACGGGGUCAGGUCAAGGUGUUCUCCGGGGCAGCGUACAUCUUAUCAGGAGUCCUGAUUCUGAUUCCAACCGCCUGGACCUGCCACCACACCAGCCAGCCGCUGGAGGGAGCGACGCACCUGAAAAGGGACUGGGGACCGGCGCUUUACUUGGGAUGGGUCGCCUUUGGGCUCAUGAUGGUUGGUGGGGCCGUGCUCACCACGCUGUGUCCCACCACUGAGGAGGUAUCAACCAGGGCUAUUGAAGGUCCGACACCUCCAUACCCUGAGGAUGAGGUGAUGCACCCCCUCAGCAGUAUCAACAGGGCCACCUUUACACAUAACCAGUACCAACAUAGAUCCAUGCCCGUCUGA